CAAAGGGUGCUAAUUAACAGCUAGCCCAGUAGUUUAGCUCAGCUGCAGGAACUGGAUGUGCUAUAUUAUAUAGCCUCUGCUAUAUAGAAGUUGAACAAUUUUUGUGUGCUGUUUAUUGUUGUGGAUAGGUUUACUGAAUUCUUCAAGCUAUUAUAUACUAUGGCCAAUACUGAUGAUACACAGUUUCCCCUCAGUCCAGUGGAGAGUACUGAUCGUACAAUAGGAGGAGACGUUCUCUCUAUUGACAAUCUGCAUGAUGUUUUUGAUGCUGUUAUUGAUACGGCAGAUGAGUGGCACAACUUCGGCCUCGCUUUGAAGGUUCUUGAACCUACUUUAAGGCAGAUUAAAGCUAAUCAUAGGAGUUCUGAUUGCAAAGCAUGUCUACGAGAGACGUUGUCUCAUUGGCUGCGAAACGGUCAAUCGACAACAUGGCAGGACAUUAUGCAAGCUCUUUGUUCGAGAUCUGUAGACCAGAGAAAAAUUGCUGAGGAUAUAGCCCAACCCAGAGGUCUCACUGUGCCAGCUACUCCAAAGCAAAGAACGUUCAGUGCACCAGAGGAUGUGUCACAACCGACUAGUGUUCAGCAGCUCAGUACUAGUAUGCCAUCAGGUCAUGAUUACCUUUCCAUUGCCAGAGAUGGGCUAUCAAAGAAACAUUGCGCCUCUUCAACUGCCUCAAUCACCAGUCUCAACAGCCCAACUCAGGCUGGGCCUAGUGAUUCCCCCCAUGAGCUGCAAUGGAACACUCGGCGUGAUAUUCGAGCUUUUGAGAGAAUGUCCAGCCCCAUCGAUGCUGCAGUUCAUGAUGACACGGCAUAUUUCAGGCCCUAUCGCAGCAGGAAAAUCUAUUCAUACAAUUUGACCAGUGGAUGGUCAGUAUCAGCUGAUUGCCUUGUCAGAGAUGCUUCUUUGGUUGUGUUGCCUGUUCCUUACAAAGGAGCUAUCCAUUUCCAUCUUCACACAAUCGGUGGAAUCAAGCGUAAAAUUCAUCGACAAGAUGAAGACGAAGAAGAAUAUACCGAUGCAAUCUACCAGUUGACCGAUAGAGAAUGGACAUGCUCGAUUUACCCAAAAUUGAGGACGAAACGAAGCCAGAUGACAGUUGUGUUUAGCAAUGGUUGCCUAAUCAUAGCUGGGGGAAACAGUCCUCAUGGAAUAAUACAGACAGUCGAUGUUUUGAUCGUUACAUCUCAAGAUAGGGUAUGGCGUGAGCUUGCCAGUCUUCCUUAUAAAGUGUUUCGUGCUUCUGGCUGUGUGUGUGAUGGCAUGCUUUACAUACUAGGAGGAUACGUGGUUAGAGAUGGAGAUAUUGUUCCAACAAGGAAUGCUUGUGUAGCAACAGUGUCACAACUUGUUAAAUCUAACACCGACGAUCAUGACAUCUUCAGGAAAAUACAAAAUCUGGAAUUUAAAACCUCUGCAUGCGUGUCAUUUCGCAACCAUGUAAUGGCAAUUGGAGGCUGGAAAUUUAACACCGAGACAGGUCAGCAAAAAGGAACGAAGCUUGUCCACGUCUAUCACACUAGUGAAGAUGUUUGGAAGGAGCUGAAAGGUCAAUUGUCUGAGCCUCGAUGUUUGGGUUUUGCUGUUGCUUUUGAAGACAAGAUAAUGACUGUUGGAGGGUAUAAUAGACCUAAUGGAACAUGUACUGAUUCUGUAGAGUUUGCAAUUAUUCCCUAAAAGCAUUACUUUUGUGGUCUUACUUGUUAUGUCAAGACCAUAUUCUCUAUUGCGCAUGUGCAAAUUAAUUGUCAUGCGGCUCA